GUCCCACCCUCCCACUCCCCUCGGCAGUUGCUGCUCGCAACCGGAGUGUCCCGCACUCCUCCUCCUCCUCCUGCUCAUCUCGUUCUACGCAAUCGCGGGAGACGUGACGAGGCGAGACGAAGCCUCCCCACAUGGCCUGGACCCGCCUUGCCUCCCGCUCCCGUCUGCGGCGCCCCGCCGCCGUCGCCCCGCGCGCCUCGCUGCCGUCUCCGUCUCCAUCCCCGCCUCCUGCUCCGCGGGCGGGACCCCUGGCUCCCUCUUCCUCCCCGUCGCCGCGCCGGCACCUCCUCCUCCCCCGAUUCCGCUUCACUGCCGCCGCGUUCUCGCCCUCGCCCUCGCCCUCGCCCGUGCGGCUCCUCGGCGACCGAUGUUGGGCAGGGGAUGCGAGGAGGUGGUUCGCCAGCGAGACCUCCGCGGUGCCGGCUUCGGCGGGGGAGGCGGCUGAGCUGGUGGAGGUGCCAUUGGCGCAGACCGGGGAGGGCAUCGCCGAGUGCGAGCUGCUACGCUGGUACGUCACCGAGGGUGAUCAAGUAGAUGAAUUCCAGCCACUCUGUGAAGUACAGAGUGACAAAGCAACUAUCGAAAUAACAAGUCGUUUCCAGGGAAAAGUACAUCAGAUUCACUUUGGCCCUGGUGACAUAGUUAAGGUUGGCGAAACUUUACUGAAAAUGAUUGUGGGUGACAGCCAAAGUGUAUCCCAUGAUAAUAUAGCUCCACCCAUUGAUAAGUCACUUGGAGUGGAUUCUACAAAUCCUUCAGGUGAAGACAAUAUUCCCAGUGGAGCUCUCUCUACACCAGCUGUUAGGCAUCUAGCGAAGCAGUAUGGGCUAAACAUAAAUGAUAUUCAAGGAACAGGGAAAGACGGUCGGGUUUUGAAAGAAGAUGUGUUGAAUCAUGCUGUCAGCAAGGGUCUUCGCAAAGAACUUUCAUCCGUUUUGGAAGAGAACAUUGGACAGGUUGAGUUACUGGAGGAAGGGAAAUCAUUACUUGAUGUACACUGCUAUGAGGAUAAGAAAAUUCCUCUCAGGGGAUACCAGAGAUCAAUGGUCAAAUCAAUGAGCCUGGCUGCAAAAGUUCCACAUUUUCACUAUCUGGAGGAAAUAAAUUGUGAUGCUCUUGUAGAACUAAAGGCCGCAUUUCAAAAUGAGAAUAAAGAUCAUAAUAUCAAGCACACCUUCCUUCCGUUCCUUAUAAAGUCUCUUUCUAUGGCACUAAGCAAAUACCCUUUGUUGAACAGCUCUUUCAUUGAAGAAACCAAUGAAGUUGUGCUUAAAGGAUCCCACAACAUUGGGGUAGCCAUGGCUACAGAACAUGGAUUAGUCGUACCAAACAUCAAGACAGUGCAGUCACUUUCAAUAUUGGAGAUCACGAAGGAAUUGGCAAGGUUGCAUGAGACGGCAUUGCACAACAGGCUAAGCUCUACAGAUAUUUCAGGUGGCACCAUAACACUUAGCAACAUAGGCGCCAUUGGUGGCAAGUUUGGCUCUCCACUUCUGAACCUGCCUGAAGUUGCCAUCAUUGCCCUCGGGCGCAUUCAGAAACUUCCACGCUUUGAUGAUGACGAAAACGUUUACGCUUCAUCUAUAAUGAACGUUACUGUUGGAGCCGAUCACCGAGUUGUUGAUGGGGCAAUGGUCGCAAGAUUCUGUAAUGAGUGGAAGAUCCUCGUGGAGAAGCCAAAGCUCCUCUUGCUGCACAUGCGAUGAUCGAGUAAGAUACCAGAUGCAAGCGAUUGCCUAAAAUUUGUAAAGAUAAGCUGAAACGCAGGCAUUCUGGCAUUGCAACUUCACACUGUAAGCCUAUGAAGUCCUUUUGCUUGAUAGGGAGUCUCGCAUUUGUAUAUGUUACACAUAAUUAAUCGAAGUGGCAAAGUGGCUUCUCGCCUGCGAACAGUGCACUCGCGUCCUGUAAAUAUCACUGUACACCUUUAAAAUAAAGCGAGGAGUUGUUGAAAGUCCUAA